CUAUCGGAAUUCUUCUGUCCAAUCUUGAAUGGUCACGUAAAAAAUAAAUAAAUAAAACAAUUUUCUCAACAAAACUUUAUUGACUCCAAGUACCAAGCCACUCUAAUUUUACUGGUAAACAGUUAGCUCAAGUAAAAUGGACGCGAGUGAUCGGCUGGAAAUUUGGGAGGAUUUGGAUGUAACAAGAGAGGAAAUUCAGAAUUUAACCAAGUGCUUGAAGCAGGAUAAUUUUCGUAAACUAUUGAUUGAAUAUGCCGAAGAGGUGACGAAUCCGGGGAAUCGUAAAAUAUAUGAGAAAGAAAUUGGUGAAUUAGAAAGAGAGCGUGGAAUUGAUAUUAAAUUCAUAAAUCCUGAGCCAGGCUACGUCAUUAAAACUAGUGUCAAUGGUAUAAAAAAAUGUUUCAUAAAUAUAUCUAAAAGUGAUACUGUUGGUAAACCAAACAGUCAACCAUCAUAUGAAGAUGGAAAACGCGGACUCCAGUGGUCUAUUCCAUUUACUCUUGCACCGCCUCGUGACGAUGUUGAUAAAAAAAAGUCGUACUGCACUGUAUUUGAUGUUGUUUUUCAUUCUGACACCUUGCAUUUGGCUUCGAAAAAUUCAAGGUUCAGAGAUGUUGUUAACGAUACAGCUAUGGAUGGAAUUGAGAAGAAUUUUAAGGUUCAGCUGGAUAGGAACAAUCUCAAAUAUCCUAAGAUGAAAUUCAAAGGAAUCAGCCAGUCUACAGUAAUUCGAAAAAAGUUGGAUAACGCCUCAUCCACUGCACCUGAAGAAAUUUCUGUUGACAUUGAGCCUGAGAUCUAUGAAAAGCUUAUGUUGAGUUAUGACGAAAAUCGUAAAAAAUACCAUAAAAAAUUUGAGGAUAAGCCCUCACGUCCAUCUCCGCCAAGCACCUACCUCAAUCAUAUCAAAACCCUAGAUACCAGCCUAUUCAAUUCGUUUACCACCCCGAAAUUUCUUAUAAAGCAUCAAACCGAUCUUGAUAUUCAAGAUUUCCAAAUGUCAAAAAACUCAAAGCUCAAUUGCACAAUUCCAAAAAAUCUCAUAGUAAUAAUCGAUCUACCCCUCUUACGAUUCGCAACUGAUGCAACUCUGGACGUUCAAGAGUGUUUUUUAAUACUAACCAGCGAGAAACCCGCAAAAUAUCGUUUAGAACUUGCCUUAUCAUAUCGGGUUAAUCCAGAUCAUGGUAACGCCAAAUUUGAUUCUAAAAAGAAAAAAUUAACAGUAACACUUCCAGUAAUUCGAGAUCACACUAUAGUUGAUACUAUCAUAGACGAUAGUGGAGUUGAUAGUGACCACGGUAGUCCUACAAUAGAAUCAAAUAACGAAAAAGAGAAAAAAUCGGCAGAAUUAAUAACUCCAAUCAGAAAGAUUGAUGAAUUAUGUAAAAUUAAUGAAAAAAAUGAAAACUCCGUUGUGGAUGAAGAUUCAUUGCUCACUUUAAAUAUUAAAUAUUCCCUGCCACUAUUUACAUGCAAUAUUUAUGAUAAUACGUUAGCUAUCACUGUUCACGUUAAGAACAUUGAUGCUAAUUCAAUAAAGCACAAGUUCUUGAAAAAUCGAUCGGGAAUUCAUAUAAUUUUCUCAUCCGUUGGUGCUGGAUUUUUUCCAAUGUAUUACGCUCUUUGCUUCAAGAUUGAUGAUAAUGUUUUUCAAAAUGAGACAGCGAGGCUAGAGCCUUGGGACAAUAACCUCGUGUUCACGGUAGAGUUGAUGAAUAUUGAGAAUUUGGAGAGUUAUUAUGUGGGAAUUGAUGAAGAGUUUAUGGAACAGAAGGACAUACCUCAUGUUAUCAACUUUGAUAAAAAAAUUGAAUCUCUUGAAUGUCAUGAUAUAAAUAUUAAUGGACACAGGAAGAUUGAAGUUAUUCCAGAGAGAGAUGAGAUUAUUGGGAAUAUUGAACCUAAUUAUAAUGAAUCUGAUGAUGAUGAUGAUGAUGAUGAUGAUGAUGAUGAUGAUGAUGGCGAUGAUAAUAAUAAUAAUGAUGAUGAUGAUGAUGAUGAUGAUGAUGAUGAAGAUGAUGAGGGGGAGGAGGAAGAAGUUAAUUUUGAGAUUGAUGAACCAAGGAUCAAUCUGCAAAAAUAUAGAUCAGUCUCGGAAAGCAGUGGUGAUGAAAUAUCCAAUAAUAAUGGUAACAGAUGUAGGGGAAUACUCAAGUACAGGAGGAGUAAUUUUUCACGGUCUGUGUCAGAAUCAAGUAUUGAUGAUGCUACUGGUCUAACGUCAUCUUUCGAUUUUAAUUACGAUUCGGUUCAGGAGUUGAAUUCAGAGUCCGAUUGUUGCAGCUUAAAGAAGACUGUCAGAUUUAAUGAUGUUAUAUCUCGUCAAUUAUAUAGAUCCAAUUCAAGUAUUUUAGGCCGCAGGAAAAAAAAUCAACGUAAAUUGCGGAAGAAGAAACAAGCGAUCGAGCGUAAGAUGAGUGAGAGUGAAAAUUCGGAGACGGAAGACCGUGAUAAAUACAAGAUAGAAAUUAAAAAAGAUAAAGAUGCUGAAAAAAAAAAAAUAGAGAACAUUAAACCAAUACUUAGUCGUGAAAAAUUAUUAAUUCCGUUUAAUUCGAGUACUGAAGAUAAAAAAUCAAUUGAUCAUGCAAAUGUAGCAUCCAAAUUUGAGUUUAAAAAUGAUUUGAUUUUUGAACUUGACAUGUAGAUCGAUCUGUGAAUCUUAUAAGAAAUUAUGUCCUAGUAAUUAUAAUGAAAUAAGGAGAACGUUCUAUUGAUUUACCAUGAAACAUUCCACCAUAAUCAACUCAUGGGUUUCUCCUUAAUAUAAUCUCCGAUUUAAUCUAUAUAUUAGUAGCCAGAUGCUUGUCAAUUAUUUUCGAUGUCGAAUGGAAUUAAAUUUGGCUUAAAUAUUGAUUUACAAUAAAUUUCUGUAAUACUUGAAUAUAUAUGCGAAAAUAUGAUAUUUUUUUCAGAAUAAGGCAUGUUUAU